ACAACGACCUGCGGUUGUGCGAUCUGUACUGGACGGUGACACCGGUGGGCACUUUCUUUGCAGUCCGAAAGAUGGAGCAGAUAAACAAUAUUGAGGUUGGGCCAUGCACCAACUCCAAUUAUCUGAAACCAUUCAGGGUGCAUUAUAAUCAGAACGGGACAAAGAAAUCAUGGGACUUCAUGCGGACCCAUGACAGUGUGUCAGUGCUGAUCUUCAACACCACCUCGCACUGCUUCGUACUGGUCAAGCAGUUUCGCCCUGCGGUGUACAUGUGCGAGUGGGAGCGGACCAAGCCCCAGCCCCCAGAGCCGGCCGAGGAGGGGGCCGCCGCCGAGGGGGCCACCUCCGCGCCGCAGGCCGACACCCCGGGUGGAGCCGCCCAGGAAGGGGAGACCCCCGGCCAGCCCCCGGCCUCAGCGGGGGUGACCUACGAGCUGUGCGCGGGGCUGGUGGACAAGCCCAACCUGUCCCUGGAGGAGAUCGCCCGGCAGGAAGUGCUGGAGGAGUGCGGCUACGACGUGCCAGUCACCAAACUGAGAAGGAUCACCUCCUAUAGGUCGGGCGUCGGCGUGACGGGAGCCAAGCAGACCAUGUUCUACGCCGAGGUGUCGGACGACAACCGCGUGGGCGAGGGCGGAGGCGAGCCGCAGGAGGGCGAGCUGAUCGAGGUGGUGACGGUGCCUCUGCACGAGGCCAUGACUUUUGCGUAUGACGAGAGCGUCCCCAAGACCAUGGGCGUCGUCUUUAGCUUCAUCUGGUUCCACAACAACAUGUCGCCCAAGUACAAAAUCUCCACCAACGUUUAACCAACAUUUCACUGUCCGACCACUCACCUCCCCCCAUAAGCAACAUCCCCUGACCCUUAGCCUCCCACCAGACCUGGGUUGAAAUAGUAUUCAGCAUUAUAUUAUCGUGCAAUAUUCUUUUCAGGUGUGCUUGAUUUGGCCUACCCAUGUCCCUUGGCUGGGCAGAGUUAGGUCUUUUGGGGUGUAUUACAUGAAUUCCGUUGUGGCCAUUGUGCCAGGAAAGCUAAAUCCAGAGGUUCUUGCAUGAAUGAAUUCAAUACUAUUUCGACCCAUAUCUUCCCUCAGUUUCCCUUCCCUCAUUGCCUUUGCUGGCUUGACAAAGGUCAUUUUGUCGCGUUACCAACAGUGUUCUUUUUGGGCUUGUCCCAUUCCUCCUCUUUUAUGUGUGGUCUUAUAGUAACUACUUUCCUCUAUACAUUUGCCAUAUGCUGAUGAACAGCAGAACUUAUUUUACAAUUCUUAAUUUUAUAAAAAAAACUCUAAAAAAAAAACGGAUUCCCUUCUUACAAUUAAGUCACUCUCCCAAUGGGUACGAUCUCACAAAGAUGGCUACUUAAUAACAGCUUGAUUUGGCUCCAUUUGUCUGCCAUGAAAUAGUCCAUGAUCCAGGAAUGCAAAAACGUUGCUUCGUCAAAGCAGGGCUUACUUAAUGAUUGCCAAUGAUGAGUUCAGGUCAGUUAAACAUGUCUCGGCCACUUCCUCUAUGAUCCACAGCCUUGCAGCAAUACCUAGCAUAACUCGGCGGCCACCUCACUGGUUUGAUCAUGUUUUAAUGCCCCAAGAACAGUUGUUGGUAGAACCAGAGGUUACACCCUUCUGCAGGAAUAUCACCUACCUCGUCCCUUGUAGCGCAAUACAUCUCUACAUGACCCAGGAGGAUUCACAAUGGGGAUCACAAUGUGUCAGGAACUUUAGUCAAUGCUACUUUGGAAGAUUUCCAAAACAGAUAUUUCACUGCAUCCUCAAGUAGUUUAUGAUCUUUAUAUGAAGUCAAUCCAGACUCUACAGUUUGAAUCUGCAUCUCAAGGCUCCUGGAAUGUCCCGAUUUCUAAUAUCACAUCCGACAAUUAUUCCGAUGAUUAAGGUGAAAUGUAGAUUGACAACCUAGAUUUACAACCGAAGGUGUCAGCACUCGUAGGAAUUCUGAGAAAUUGCACAUACGGGCUCCUGUGCCAAACAGAAUUCUGCAGAAUGCUGAAUAUUUGAAUGGCUGUGUAACUGAAGAACUACCCAACAGAUAUGUGUAAUAUUUUGUUUGUGGCGGGGUAUUUACUGUGUGAGUCAACAUGCCAAAGGGCAUUGAUUGUGACAUGGCUAUUAUUACUGAUAUUCCUGACGACCAGAUUUUGGAAGUGCUGGAGCUGUUUGUUGUAACUGAACCAUUAAAAGUGAGAGAAGGCACUGUGACAAGGUCACAACCCCUGCUUCAUAUCAUGUCUUAAAACAUCUCCUUCCCUCUCCUUAUGAAGAAGGCAAGCCCCUAUAGGUUGGCAGAACAAGAAGAAGUGAAUUUGUUUUGGGAAACUAAAAACCUUGCUUGUGUAAUAUCUGGGGAAUUUCUGAAUCCACGUGGCCUAGCUUCCUGAAACAGCACACAGAGCCCCUAGUGCUGGUUGAGAAUUCCCUUCUCGUUUUUUUCCCCACUUGAGCCGGAUAAAGGUGUAGAGUUUUGUUGAUACCAGCACUGUCUCCCUGGUUAGGAUGGGCAUAGCUCUUAAACUGCGACAUGUUGAGAUUUAUUUUCCCCCCAUCAAGUAAAGCCUUUCCUUUGGCUAUUAAUGCUAUAUUAAGAGUAAAUGGAGAUAAAUGCUUGCUUAUGCUCCAUGAUGUCAAGCUCAAUUAAGUCCUCCCGAAACUUUUCAUUGAGCCUGGAUAGAAGAGCCAUAAUCUAUCUAUGUAUGCACAUAUUUAUUAUUUUGAGUAUGCUGCAUUCAGAAGUAGGCCAAUACAAGGCCUAAAGGUCCUUUUUUUUUUUUAUCAAGCAUUACAUUUGAAAUCAAUGUAAUAAAAUACAUAAUUGCGAUACAUAUAUAUAGAUUUUUUGUUAAAUGAUCUGUACACUGUAUAAUGGCUUAAACUAACAAAAUAACCCAUCUAUAAUAGGUAUUGGAAUAAGUGUUCGAUAGUUUGGGGCAGAGGAAGUUCACAAAAGCACUUGAUAACAUCUCAGGUCCAAACGUUUUUUCCUCCUUGAUUAGGUGUAAUUCAGGAAUUAAUCCCACAUAUCUUAAAAUUCACAAUACAACAUUACUGACUGACCAUUUAUGCGAGUUCAUCUCUUUUCUGUGUACUGUAUGUCAUGACAAUAUAAUUUCUUAAUGACCAAAACAUGAUGAAAAAGGCAGGUUGCAACAAACAGAAUGCAUCACUGAACACUCCUAUUUUUAGCUUAUUGCUUAUAAUUACUAUUAGACAAUGUAUUAACCGGACUGUUUCAUUAACCACAAACAAGUGUGUUGCAAACUAUCGUAAGUGAAUUUAUUAACUAAUAUGCAAAGCUUUAAUAACCUUUGGAUCGAAUAAUCUGUAUUGAUAAAUAGCCCGCCCGACAUAAAUGUUAUAAUUGGUCACCUCUAUUCCUCAGAGAUCUAUAAAUAAUACAUGACAGGACGCAGAUGGGGUUUCACUACUUGAGCAAAGUUUGAUUAAAUAUAUAUUCUCUGUGUAUUUGGAGCCUGAAACAUCUCAUGCCAGGCAUACACCACAAUAUUGUCAACAUUUCAUAAUCCUGUAUUUAAUUAGCUUUUGUCAUUUUGGCUAUAGAUAUUAAACUAUUACAAUGCCGUGGUCCAGAAAGAAACUAUUAAUCUGAAGUUUUCCUACUCAAACUGUAGAUGAGACCAAAUCUCUGCAUUCUUUUAGGACUAUUGCAUAUGUAAAUGUUAUCCAAUGAGCACCGAGUUCUCCUUGGAGUCUCUCUCCCUCCUUUUCAAAUCAUUCAUUAAUCAAAUAGGAUUGCAUGGUUUUGACCUGAUGGCUUAAAGUUUUUAAACUUAUAUCCUUAAAAAAACUAAGGACCCAUGCUAUGAUGCUAAUUCAGUGUUAAGUCUCCUUGUAGUCUUUUGAUAAACAUAAUCUUGACAUAAACCCUUAUUGAGGCAGAAAGCUGCCUUUGUUAGGGAUUCAGUCCAACAUUUAUUUUCUUUAAUUGAAUCAACACAUUGAUCAUGAAGCAUAAAGAUGGGGUUUCGUUUUUAAAGGUAUAAACACUUAUCAGGGAACUAUUAGCAUCUUAACCAUAAUUUUUCCAUAAACCUAAACCCUGAAAACCCCACUCUUAACCAGAUGUGUCCUCUGCCUUUGUUCCUGCGACAAUCUUUUAUUUGAUGUAUGUCUGCCAAAAUUUAAUCCAGAAAAACAAGGAUUUUUGAGGGUAGGUUUACUGACAGUCCAUAUCCCUGCUGCGACAAUUGUUCAAUUAAGAACUCCACCGAGUGCUGUUCCGUUGGUGCUCACCUGUUUUACCUAUGACAAGGUUGGUAUUAAUAGUGAUAUCAAUGUUUCUACAGACCAAUAGCCCAAGUUUACAUGGCAGUACAUUGGUACGCAAUGAUGUCACAAGGUGUCAAAUCCUUCCAUAGACCCAGCAAAUAAGCCAUGCUGUAAAAAGCCACAAUCUCAAACUUUUAUCGGUCAAAAGCAAGCCGAUUGAAAGUCCAGCAUUGUGCCAUUAACUCAAAUCUGUAAGCCAUCCUGUCUUUUUGCGAAGACUGCAAAAUGCUGAGGCAGGCUUGCUGUGUCAUUCUUGCCUAUGCUGGAUACUACCGUAACACCAUGCGACAUUUCUACCUCCAUUACUUGGGCGAGUCGGCAGAGAUAAAUCACCUCACCUUGGAGCAUACAGUACAGCAGGUAGUCCUUGGUACAACACCAACAUUUGCGUGCUUUGGCUCAACCUUUUGAGGACAAACAUAUCAAAUUUCCAACUAAAUAUCGGAAAUAGCAGACAUGUCCGUUUUUGGUGUAGUUCUCUUGUCGAUAAAAUACACUAUACUUCUCCCUGUCUAUAUGUGAUGCAUACCACUUUUUGUACUAUGUGUACUCUCUGUAUUGAAAUAGUUGCCACUACAACUGUGUGGGAUUUUUUAAUUUUACAAGGGUAGGUUUCUGAGAGUAUGGAUGGUAGGUUAAUGAACAGUUUUUAACAGUACAUAAACAGUUUAAAAUGCUGCUUGCACAGUUUUGAAAAAUGUGUAUUUUCAAUGAUGAUAAAGAAGUCGGUCAUGAAAAUAGCAGUUGCUUCUAUGUUUUUAAGAAAGGGUUUUAAAUUGUAUGAAACCUGAUAGAUUUUUGUUUCUGUUCAAGUCUUAUUGCGAAGCAACUUUUUCACUUGUGAUUUUUAUGUGUGUUACACUGAAUAUGUGUUACUUUGAAAGAGUUAUCUGAGAAAUAAGCAUUGAGGUGUCAGAAUUGUUUCUGCUUAGUUUGAAGUGAAUAUUCAUUGUGGUCAGUGUUGUUAAGUAAUACUUAAGUUUAUAUUUUUUAACUUGUUUCAAAUAUUAUUUUCAAUAUUUCACAAUUUGUAAACAUUAUGGCACUUGGUGCAAAUAUAUAUAUUUAAAUAGGACAUUUUGCAUGUGCACUAACUGUUUCAUUGAACUGCAUUAUGUGUAAAUAAAUGAGGUUUGAUGCCUGAAAUCA